AUGGUUAUUAUCACCGAAACUCGUAUUGGAGGAGAGAGGGCCACUAAAGCUAGUGCUAAUUUGGGUUUUACUAAGGUCGCCAUAUCAGAUUCAGCUGGGUUUGCAGGGGAGGGUGACCUUCAGUGUGACAUCCUCGAUGUGACACCGCAAGAAAUCCACGCCUGCAUCCAGGUAUCUCCUACCUCUACUCCUUGGAUUCUUUCGGCUAUCUAUGCUAGACCUAAUUAUGCCGUUCGUCGUGAACAGUGGGAUAACCUUACUCAAUUUGCUGACUCGCAUAACUCACCUUGGAUUAUGGCGGGAGAUUUCAACGAAGUUUUAAGUAGUAGUGAUAAAUUUGGAGGCCGACCCAUCUCCAACAGUCGCUCCUCCGCUUUCUGUAAUUGUAUUGAUUGUUGUGGCAUGCACGAUUUGGGGUUUUCGGGCCCGCGCUUUACUUGGACUAAUACCCAAGUCACAGGUGGACUCAUUAAAGAAAGGUUGGAUAGAGUGUGGUCCAAUUCGAGUUGGAAUUUGAUUUAUCCCGAGGCUCAUGUAUCGCAUUUACCCCGCACCCACUCUGACCACUGCCCGAUUCUUCUCUCCACUGUCCCUAACUCUGGUCCUCCCAACCCUCGUCCUUUCCGGUUUGAAUCAGUUUGGUUCUCUGAUCCCUCUGUUUUCUCGGUUAUUGAGGAUAGUUGGUCUACUCCUUCCCCCUCCUUUGCCUUCACGACUAACCUCUUUGCCAAUAAAAUCACUAUUUGGAAUAAAGAAAACUUUGGACACAUUUUUCAUAAAAAAAAGAGACUCUUGGCUCGUUUGAGUGGUACCCAAAAAGCCCUUGAUCUUAAUCCCAACAAAUUCUUAACUGAUCUCGAGCAAACCCUCAUUUCAGACUUCAAUAAGAUUUUGAUUUUGGAAGAAGAGUUUUGGGCCUUAAAAUCCCGUGUCAAUUGGUUGAGUGAUGGGGAUCGAAAUACCAGGUUGUAA